UUCAUAAAAAUUCACAAUAUUCUCCAUGGAUGAAAUUCUGGCUUCUUUUUAAGCUCUGAAAAGGCAACUUCCCAACAUGAGGCUAUAAUGUGACUUUUCUGUACAAGUUCCUGGCGAGCUAUUAGGGAACUUACGAAAACAGGACGGCAUGGCGGAGAACUCCAUAUUUUAUCUACUGCGCAUGCCCAGUAUAGAGGAUUCCCCUCGAUGGUGCGUUCUCUUCGAAGCUCAGGACGUUAGAAGUGGUGGUUUGGCGUCCAGUAGACAACAAAUCAAAACAAGCAUGGCUGCUACUGGUUACAAAAGUUAAAAAGUUUGCAGUUUUUUUGCACAUGCGCAAGCAUUUCUGUAGGCAGAAAAUAUAAACAACAGACCACAGUAAUCAAAGAAAUCCAUCCAAAAAAGAAAUAUUUGCUCAAAAUUAUUGAAACUUUUUAAAAAGAAUUAGAAGAAUAUAGUUAAAAUUUAAUUCCAGUUCCUCUUGGAUAUUAUGCUACCCAAAAUAAUCUUUAAUCUUUAUUAAUAAUCAUUUUACUCUGUGCGAGUUGUGCUUUUUUACCUACACAAAAGUGCGCGCAUGCCCAUUGUUUUCAAAAAUCAAAUCAAAAUAACUACGUUACGCGGAAAGUGGUCUAUAGUACAAGCUCAAAAACGAAAACCAAAAGGUUUGUUGGUGUUCUUUUAGUGUUUUUAAAUAGCAUUCUUUUAGCAAAACUCUGCUGUGCAAAAUAAGUGUUUUUUAUUGGUGUUAAAUCGAGAAUCACAUAGUAGCUAGUUACCCAGCUAUAAGCACAUAAACAUAUUAGUAGCUAGCCAGAGAAAUAUCAAAGCUUUCAUAUUUUUGCUUUGUAGUUUUGUCAAUAUUUAUAAGUCACUUUGAAAAUUAAAGUUUUAAGGUAGCUAUUGCUUUCAAUUUGGAUUUUUAUUGUUAGCAUGUUUUGGACCAACGAACAUGAUAUCAUGUUACGUAAGAACGUUCUACUUGUGGAACCAUAUUUCUACAAAGUAGGAACAAGGCAACGUGGAAAUGCCUGGAAUUUAAUUGAGUCGGAAUUAAAUAAAACCAUUGAACCCAAGUUUAAUGUGACCAAAUGUAGUGUUCGAGAUCACUAUAAUUUAUUACUGGAAAAUUUUAAAAGAGAAUACAGAGAACAUGAAAAAGCCAGUGGUAUAAACGUGGAAGAAAGUGAGCUUUAUGGUUUAUUAUUUGACAUGACAGAGAGAUCACAUGAAGCUAAAGCAUUGUUUGACAAUGAGAACGAUGUGAGAAAAAAGUCUCUGGAAAAUGAAAAAACUUCUGCAGUCGAGCAAAGAAAUAGAGCUAUGGAAACAUUAGGAGAAACUAAGAAACGAAAUAAUGAAGAAAAAUCAGAAAACCCUAAAAGACAAAGGCGAACAAGUUCAGACACCUUGGCAUAUUUAAAAGAAAUAUCUGAACAAGAGUUUCAGUUACGUGAAAGAGAAUUGAAAGUAAAAGAAGAAGAAACCAAUAUGUUUAAAACCAUGUUCAAGAUAUUCAUGGACAAAAUGAAAAAGUGACACAGUUAGGAUAGUUGGUUGCUUGUUUUUUGUUACUUCUGUUACUUGUUAUUUGUUCACAUUUAAUGUUACUACUUACCUAUUGAGAAAUACACACAACUUUAACAACAGCAUAAAAUUGAUUUCAAAAUUGUCACUACUGUAUAUACAUUUUCAAGCAUCAUAAUACUAAAGGUACAUUUUUAGCGUAUUUAUAUAUAUUUUAUAAAGUUAUUUAAAGUACUUUUACUGUAGAUAUAUAGUUACUGGAUAUAUUUUUAUAGAUCACGUUUUUAAAAAUAAAGUUUUGUUACUGAAAAUACUAUCUCAAUUCUAAUGGGUCAAGUCUAAAAAAUUCAGUUGUCAUACUACCAUAUAAACAGGUACGGGCAUUCUUGAGUAACGCACAAACUAUAUACACACAGCUUAAUCCAACUUUCAGGGUUCUUUUUGAAGUCCAUGAAUGCAUACCAGUUAACAAUGUCACCAAAUAGCCACUCUACAGAGAUUCGUAUUUACUCAUGGAUUUAAUAAAAUCCUUUUGUUGUUGGUUAAGAGCUGCAUUACGAAAUGGAGCUUGUAGCUCAGGCCUUAGUGGGUAUGCAGGGUCACCAUAAAUACAAAGAGCUCUUCCAUUCAUAUCAAGUGAAAAUUGUUGUAAUUGUGCACAGAAUUGUGACAUGUCUCUUUCCCUCAACAGGUCCAUAGAGAUUUGCUAUGAGCCCAUUAGGUGCUGCCACUGAUUGGAAUUUUAUGGAAUAAACUUUCUUGUGUCCAUUAUACAGUACCCUUUGCAUUUGACCUGGCCUGUAAAUUGGUCGAACUGUCCCAUCAACAAACCCCCAGCAGUUAUCUAGUGCAGUUCCUUUUCUCUGUAUGACAUCACAAAAUGUUUCUAAACACUGAGGACGCAGCCACAGUUGAUUCAUAGUAUCCAGAAGGUGAUGGAAAUUCUCAUAAAUAAGCUUCAAAAUAUGAUUCGAGAUCAUGUUAUAUUAAGGCACAGGUCUAGCAUAUCUUGGUAUCAUGUCUAAGUAACGACAUGGAUAGGCAAUACGAUCUAAAAAGAUGCACAGAGCUUCGAUACCGUUUAUUUUGCAUUUAUUAUAAGUUGUUAUUUCAUCAGGAAUACCAAGUAUUUCUUUCAAUUCAUAUAUGUCAUUUUUGUGGAAUCUGAAGUCACUCCAACACUCUUCGUCAGUGUAUCCAGGUCAAAGGGCUGAUAAUUCCAAUAAGGAUAAUCUAGAUUUUUUGAUGUAUUAAGAUCACUAAGAAAAUAAACUCUUUAUCGUUAAUGACUAUGAUUAAAUUGGCCAAGAAUAAAGCUUCCCUAGUUUCUCAAACUGAUUGGAAAGUAACCAGCGUCCUUUUAAAAUGAUCAUGCCAAUUGCACGCCACUCUUGUUUGUACAAAUCAUGCCAAACUUGUGGCACUAUUUCUUGCUCGGCAUGCAAGUAUGCAUUGUAUACUUCAUUCCAGAAUGAAGAAUAAAUAUCCCGAGAAACACCUGCACCAUUUUCUUCUCAGCCACGAGGAUCAAUCCAUAUAUAUCGGAUGUCAUCUGUCACAUUGAUCUAAGAUGAAAACUAAAAUACAUUGUAUCAUUGUGUUAUAUUCUAGAUAACUGUUAUUAUAGAAGAGCGACAUAAAAUAAACUGAAUACUUUGGACUUUAUGACUUAGGAUACCUGAACUUUAAAGAAGAUAACUAAUUCAAUAAGACAUGUGUUUUUAAUAUUGUUUUAUUGUAUUCAAAGAGGGUCUAAAUCUAAAUUAUUGAAAAAUAGAAAAUGGUCUCACCUGUUUAGUAAUAAAUAAAUCCAUCAAAUCUUUCUUUAUCGUCAUGCGGUGUAUUUUGGCAAUGUACUGUACUACCUCUGUAACAUCAGAACUUGCGCUUGCAUUAUCCAAAUUCGAAAGCUUGUUACCACCAGUUGCUAUAGCUAUUGAAGCUCCAGCUAAAGUUUCAAUCCUUCUUUCUCUCAAUUCAUUUAAAGAUGGCCUUUCUUCUUCGUUUUCAUUUGAAAGUUAUCAUCAACACAAGAAGGUUCAAACAAAUUGCCAAACAAUUUCAAGUUGCUAUCUGCAAUACAAGAAGCACUAUACUCAUAUUUUUGGAUGCAAAUAAUAUAUUGGUUUCCGAUAUAGCUGCAAUGACAAACAGAACAUAUGCGUCACCUGCUAAUCUCCUUUGGUUUUGUUAUUGCAUGGCAAAUGUUCUCAGUGAAAGUUUCAACGUAACCACUUUGUUUAUUCAAAGUUGUUUCCUGACCAGCUUCUUCAUACUCGUUAUCAUGGUCAUAUGGUACAGAUUUAGUCGAUAAAACAAACCAACACUUCGAUAAAAUAAACCUUUCCUUUCGAUGUAUGCCCAAAGGUCUUUAUCUUCAUCUAAUGUUUAAUUUGGACCACAUAACGACUUCAUGCACUCUGAUUCUGCCUCCAUGUAACUAUUACAGUCAUUUCGGUCCAAAUACAACUUCAAAGCUUUGUAUUUAAGCUCUUUAAAAUUCAAUGGUGUUCCAACUUCCACCUUGAUGAAUCGAUAUCCACCCCCAUCUUUCUGUUUUACUCUUUCGAACCUUUUUUUCGAUGGAUUAUAUCGCUCCCAUUUCACUUGUACUUUUUGAUCUUUCGAGGUGUGUAACUUUUCGAAGAGGAUGAUGAGGCCUUUUGACGAACUCUCGACAAUAAAUUUCCAAAACGAGUUUCUGUUUUCCGUUUUUUGUUGGCACUACUGGUGCUCGAAGAACUUGAAGAACCGUCAUCGGGGUUGUUGGCAUUACAAUAACUAUUUGCUGUUGACUUUGAAGUAUUCAUCAUGUACGAUUCUAUACCUGGCUGCGUAAAAUUUGCUCCAGCACGGCGUCCAUGUUUGUUUAUAAUUUGGUAAUUUUUACGGUAGCCGAUGAACCUUUCAAAAAAGUUAUAGAAGUUCCAAAGUUUUUUAUAAAAGUUCGCAAUUUUUUUUUUUACAGAAAAGUUUUUUGAAUUUUUCAAUAGAAGUUUUUAGUAUUAUGAAUAGAAGUUUGCAUCUUUAAACCUGCUUGUCCAAGCUGUAGACUAAAUUAAAGCUAUCUUUUCUGUUUUGUGUCUUAUGUAGAAAAUUUUAGCUAACGUUGCCUCCGGCGAAGACUUAUUUUAUUAUUAAAACUACUAACCUUAUUUGACAUUCAUCUUUAGACGAUGCUAUAUAAUUUCAAUCAUUUGUUGUUCUUUGUAACGUAUGGCAUGAGCCGUUGUUGUUACCUAACACAAACUUAACUUACGCAACUCAUAUGAACAAUAAACAACUUUUUUAGCUUGUUUUGUUUCUUCACAGUUUUAUUUGAAUGAUAUUUUCGAAUGGGACAGUGUUCUUAAAAAUAACAACCUCGUUCCUAGAGCGAAGAGUAAGCAGGAAAAAAAUUGGGAUAACCAAGGCUGAGGGAAUUUGACUUAUCGAGUGAAAAAAGUAACACUAUCGUCAAAAUUUUUUUUAAAAAUUUUAUUUUUCCCCGCUGUGUAGUAGAAAAUAGAAAAUCAAUAUAUAAAGGGUUGCGGGGCGGCAACAGGUUCCUUAUGUUCGCAAGGGAAAUAUUGUACUCGACAGUACUAUCAAGAAAUAUUUUAGCAAUUUGAAAGUCCCCAAGCAACCUCGUCCCCAGGGCUCUUUUCUGACUUUUUAAUAAUAGUUUUUCUUCAGGUUUUCUUUUUGCAAUGAGCGUCGAGGUGUAGAACACUUCUGUUCCGGGGGAAUUAUUAAGAAUCGUGAAUCCGUAUAAACGCAUUCCGUUUUUCAGCAAGUGCAAACGGCAUACUGCAUGCGAAAACUUUCUAUGGAAAAACUACAAAAAAAAUCCUAAGGUUUUCCCUACAUAACUGUUUUUUUCUAUUUUCCAUGUGUUUUGUUUUUGAACUAUUUGCUCUGUGCUCUCAUAUUGACUGAACGAUUAUUUGGCUAAUAAGCGCUUAUUAAACAGUUUGCAGAAUAAGUAUUCUAGUACUCUGAGCUAUUUGUGAUAAGCAUCGAAAAACAUUUUUUUUAUCAUAUCAACCAUCCAGAACAGUGCACAGUAUACACUGACCCGCAAUGCAGCGUCUUUGAUAUUGCUAAAUUAAACAUCGUUUCGGGUUGGAUUUCUUCGUUACUGUUUUAUCAGAUAAAGCCAACAACAUUAAAAAUCAACCUCGUUCCCACAGCAUUUUGCCUUGUUCAUUCCGUAAUAACGGCUCAGGGGCCACAAGACCCUGGGGACGAUGUUGAAUAAAAAUGACAUUCUAUUAUUUUUUUGUUAAACUAAGUUAAACAGAAGAAAGAAAGGGUAUAAGAAAAGACAGUUUUAACAUAUCUUUACCGGCGAGCAUAUUUAAAGUUCUUUACAAUUUUUGUUAAAAAGUAUUUAUUUACUAAAACUAUCUAUUCCUAUCGCCAACGUUUGUAGGUACUGUUGGGUAAUCUAAAAUAAAAAAGGACACAAUUUUAUUGUAAUGUAGAAAUAAAAAAAAAGAAAUAAAAAGCAUGUUCGGAAGUUUGUUGAAAAAAUUUGUUAGCUAGCUAUAUUAAAGAAUCAUUAUAAGAGAAUUAGUAAAAGUAAUAUCGUUACAAACCUGAGUUGACUGUUUUCCUAUAAACGCAAUUUGAGGAGUCAUCAUAAAACACGCAAAAAUGAUAAACUUUAUUAAUAUUAUUUUAUUUUCCCCUGCUCACAUGACAAAACUUUAUAACUUUCCUCAGCAGUUUUUAUUGUUUACGUUUUUUUUCGUUUUUUCUUCUUUGAAAGAAGAAAUUUUAAAUGUCGUAAUCGAUUUCCAAUUUUGAUUUGCACAUUUCGCGCCGAAA